AUUUUAAGCUAUCCUUUCUUCUUCUACUAAAUAUAAUUCCUUUGCAGAUCAGUAAUUUUUUCAGCUUAAUUAAGCUAUCCUUCCUCCAUAUUUGUUACUUUUAGAAACCAGAAAGUCCAUUCAUGUUGUCAAGUUUCUAGCUAGUUGCUACUAUUCAACUCCUCUUUCCUUAUUUUAUGAGAUCAACAAGAACCUAAACAAAGGCAACACCUUCUUUUUCUUUCUUUUCCCUUUACAUAUACAUCUCUCUCUCUCUCUCUCUCUCUCUCUCUCUCUCUGUUGAAACUUCUAAACCCAUAAACAGAUAAACUCUACCCUUUUCUAUUUCAAGAACAAGGAACUGAAAUGAACUCUUCACUUUCAGUUUCUUUUGUUGUUCGAUUUAAUAUGAAGAAGCCUUGGAGCCAUGAUGAGAUAAUCUCGACCCUAUUUGGAUAAUUGUUUUCUUUUCUUCUCCAUCAAAGAAGUUGCAGAAAUUUUGAGUAAAAAGACUUAUCUUUUCUUGGUUAUACGAGUUAACAAUGGUAAGCAGUCAUAAUUACCAUCGCCCUCAUAGACUACUUCUUGAUACACAAUCAAGCAGUACAGCACCAACCUCAGAUGGAAGCAGAGCGCGCAGUGGAAGCUAUACUAAUGAAGCAAAUUUUGACACAAAUAUGGUUAUUAUAUUAGCAGCUUUGCUCUGUGCAUUAAUAUGUGCACUUGGGUUAAACUCAAUAGUUCGCUGUGCAUUAAGGUGUAGCAGAAGGUUUAGCUUCGAGACAGCUGAUGAGGCAGCAGCUCGUUUAGCAGCAACUGGGCUUAAAAAAAGCGCAUUGAGACAAAUUCCUGUAGUUAUAUAUGGUUCAGCAGGAGAUGGAAUACAAAUAAUAGCUACAGAUUGUGCAAUUUGUCUUGGAGAGUUUAUGGAUGGGGAGAAAAUUAGAGUUUUGCCAAAAUGUAGCCAUGGUUUUCAUGUAAGGUGUAUAGACACUUGGUUGGUUUCACAUUCUUCUUGUCCUACUUGUAGACAGUCAUUGAUAGAGCAACCAGCAGUUGCUUCUGGACAAGUAAUGGUGGCUAUUUCUGUUGAUGCAGAAGCUCAUACUGGUGGGAUCAGAACUGAUCAUGUGCCUAUGGCUGCAGAUGAGGUAGGUUAAUUAUGAUCUACCUUGCACGGAAACGCGAAAACUACAUUUAAAAUAUAAUUUUACACGGAGAAAUAUUAUUUUAUAUGGAGAAAAACAGACAAGUGAAAAUGUUUUCGAACGGCGAAAAAUGCUUAUAGCUAAAUGUUGCUAUGCAUCAUAGAUUAUGACUGCAAAUACAUGAAUAAUUAACCAAGUACCUAGAGGGUAAUUAAUGAAAUUAAGGGUUUUUCUUAAUUUGAAAUUUUUAUUUUAAAUUUUUAGUUGGUUAAUUGAUGUAAUUAUGAAUAUCUAUAUACAGAAAGAGAGAGAUGUGAAGCUUCAGUUAAAGGUUUAUGAGAGGAAAAAGUUUGUUUGUAGAUGUUUAGUUUAGUGCUAUGGAUCAGAAAAUUGAUCCAUCUUUGAUUAAUUAGAAGGUUUCUUUCUUGUUUGCUUAUUACUAUGUGUUAAAAUGCCUUUUAACAUUUUUAUUAUAAUUCAACAUUAAUUUAUGUCUUGUCUUGUUUUGUUUGUGGCACUAAUUGGUUCAUCUAAAGAAGGGUUCUAUUGUAUAAAAGCAAGUUUGAUGUCUUAAA